AUGAGCUUUGGUUUGUCAACAAAUCGUACAGAAUUUUCAGAAUGGAGGACCGUCACGGAAACAAAUCAAGCGCCAGAAGCAUUAAAGAAAAUAUCGAUGAAGGAUGUUGAAGCAGAAGUAACUAAUGACAAAAUAAAAACUUCAGAAAAUGAGAUAUUAUUAGAUACAAAAAACAUCACAAAUAGUAAAAAUUUGUUGAAUGUAAGAAGAAACUACGAAAAUGACACAAAUUUCAUUACAAAAAUACUUGCUGAAUCGCAGCUGAACUUGGAUGAACAAGGAAAUAAUAACGAAAAAAAUAUACACAAGAAGAUCGAAUAUGGACCCCUAAACGUCAUUUUACUACUCAUUAACAAAUUAGAUGAAAGAAAAAAUUUCCUAAAACUUAAUUUUGAAACUUUACGGUCAUUUUCAUUUCAAGGACUUUUACAGAGCUGCCCUAAGAAUCCAUUCGAAUUUGAAUUUUCUGAUAAAGAUGAAGAUUGUGAUUGCGAGGCAUUAUUUGGAUCAAAUAUUGUCUCACUUUUAUCCUGGGCACAGCAUAUAAAAAAAAUGACCACCAGUUCUUUAUAUAAAGAUAUUUUAAAGAAAUUGAAAAGCGCAUUUUUCAAAAACCUCAGCAACUUGAAAAAUUAUAGCAAUUCAAAACAGCAGCGUAACUACCUAUUCCUCGAAUUAGCCUCUCGUAUUUUCGAGGAGUUGACGAUGUUACCUAAUGAAAAUGGUUAUGUACUCGUAAUUACGAUGAACGCUGAAGAAUUUAACGACAUUUUUGAACUAUUUCGUAAUUUCGUCCAGUCGAAGAAUACUCUGACGUUCGUGACGAGUACCUGUCCACGUGAUAAGAGUAAGGCGGUGCGACUUUUCGCUCGAGGACCCAUUUUGCGAUCAUUCGACGAUAUUGACAUUCAGACACUAUAUGAAUUGCCAAGCUUCAUACGCACUCUUAUCGAUAACAAGGAUUGUCAUGGCUCGACAAGUAACUGUGGUCAGUUCCACUUAAUUCCGCACUUUCCCCCAUUCAAUGUCCAACAACCAGCGAUCAACGGAUCAAUCAUCACGGACGACGAAAUGGAUGAACCACGCGAACGAUUCCUCAGGAACGAUGAUCAAAUAGAUAACAAAGUUGAAGAAGUGAGUUUGCAGAACAAUAUUUUGAAUGAAGUACUAUCGAAUUCUUCUUCCAUUUCGAUCGGAGAUAGAAGUUUAGAACUUGGAUAG